UUAAGUCUAAUAAAAAAAAUAAAAAUAAUAUUUUUUUCAUUGUAUUAUUAAUCUCAUUCACCCACCCAUUUCAUUCUACCCCCACACAACUCUUAUUAAUAUUUCCUCCCUCAUUUCCUCCCAAACCAAACUCCCCCAAAAAAUAAAAAUGGUUUCUCCUUCAGAAGAUCAAGCUCUUACCUUAGGCUUAGGAAUCUCAUAUUCAACAAAAACAAUCAUGAGUAAAAAUAAUCCAGUGAAGCAGCCUCAUGUGAUGGUGUAUGAUCAUGAACCGUCCUUGGCUUUAAGUUUAUCAGGUGAAACGUAUCAGACGGUUGAAAGGAAAGUGAUGAUUGAUCAUCAAGAACCACCGUGUAGUGUUAGCGUGGCUUCUUCUCUCUCUAACGUCGUGUCAGUUAAGAGAGAGAGGGAAUCUGCAAGUUCUGAUGAUUUGGAAAUUGAAAGAGGUUCUUCUAGAAUUAGUGAUGAAGAUGAAGAUGGUAGUGGGCCCACUAAUACUCCUAGGAAAAAACUUCGUCUUACUAAAGAACAAUCUGCUCUUCUUGAAGAAAGUUUUAAACAACAAAGCACUCUUAAUCCGAAACAAAAACAAGCCUUAGCCGACCGAUUAAACUUACGCCCGCGUCAGGUAGAAGUCUGGUUCCAAAAUCGAAGGGCUAGGACAAAACUAAAGCAGACAGAAGUUGACUGUGAGUAUCUGAAGAAGUGUUGUGAAACACUGACGGAUGAGAACAGAAGACUACAGAAGGAGUUACAAGAAUUAAAAGCGUUGAAAUUAGGACAACCUUUUUACAUGCAACUACCAGCAGCAACACUUACCAUGUGUCCUUCAUGUGAAAGAAUUGGUGCCGGCGUUAAUCCUGCUUCUUCAACUAAUCCAUCCACUAAUUCUAAAACUAUUGGGAUUAAAUCUCAUUUUAAUUAUCCUCCUCAACAAAUCCGUCCUCUUCUCGUUGAUUAAUUAAUUAAUUAUCCUUUUAAUUAAUUCAUCAUCUUAUCAAAAUUAAUUACUCUUAUAUUAUAUUAUAGGGAUUAAUUAAGCUAAUAAGUUUCUUUUCUUUUUUUCUUUUUUUGGUUUUUUAUAUUACAGCUCAAUUAUGGAGUAAUUGAUUAAGAUUAAUUAAUUACUAAUUAGUUAAACAUACCACCCUGCCGUCGACUGAUCUUUUUCUCAGUUCUGGCCGGCCUAUCAUUUUUUCUGUUUGUUUCUUUUUUUCUUAUGGGUAUUUUUUUCUGGAAAUAGGAAAAGAGAAGAAAAUUCAAAAAAAAAAAGGGAAAAAAAGGAAAGAGAAAAGAUUUUUAGUGUAAAAAUUUUUAGCUUUUUUUUUUUGAAAAA